AUGCUUUUCAGGAAUCAUAAGUUGCAGAAACAUGUAUGGUGAUUUGUGACCCGGCUUAGGUCAACGGAGGUCGGCUGCGGAAAAUAUGCCGAGAGAUUUCCCUGAUUCAUCUGCAACCUCAAAACAGUUGGUGCCUCUUUUGGCGAUGAUGACGCAGGGAAUAAAUUGUGGGCCUGUCUUGGCGUGGUUGGUUACCCGCCGAGGAUUGUCGGAAGCUCCUUUUGAAGACGCGCUGGCCUACCGUAAAAGAGGCGAUCGUAUUUACGUUGGCAGCCAACAUCGCAAUUUUGCAAUCCUCGCGCGUGUUCCGGAAGAGGACGUCAAAUUUCCGGCCUUCAUCCCACGGAUAAGACAUGUUCCGGAAAAUUCGAACCAUAUCGAGAUAAUAGUCCUGGAACUUUUCCCGAGGACCUUGCCUACGAGAGUUCAAUUGGCUUUCGUAUUGGAAGUCGAUGUCUACAGCUUUCAAGAUUCCCCGUAGGGUGCGUUCGGGUUUAGAACGGGAAUCCUCAGGCGCAAAGGCCUUGCGUAUGCGUAACUCAUGGCUGAGUUCUUCCUCUGAAAGGUGAGCAGUAUUUAGCGAAGCAUAUAACGUUUUUAAGUGAGUAAGAUCCAUUGUACAGCUUAGGAAAUUAAAACGAAAUACUAUUUGAAACAAACUAUAAAAUGGCCAGAUAACGAACAAACAAUUUAAAAAUUAUGCUAUAAGGAACGUAAAAAUAUUAAAAAGCACAAGACAGUCUAUAUCACAGUU